GACAACAGUACUGACCUAAACACAUGUACACUGCACAUUGCCGCUGACCAUCGCUUUUAUAAUCAAGUGGGCAAAGGCUCAGUCGAUGAGACUAUUGCAGAAAUGGUCUUUCACAUCGCGGGCUCGGAUAAGAUUUUCCGUUCAACAGAUUUCAAUGGUGAUGGUGGACCGGGCGAUAAUAUUGGGUUCACGAUAACAGCCAUUACUUUGUUUCAAGAUGUUGAGGCCGAAGGUAUUCUCGCCAAACCAUCAUCUACAUUCAUUAACUUUCUGUCCAAAUGGAGCACAUUCAACCACGACCAGUACUGUCUUGCCAUUUUAUUCACCUACCAGAAGUUCCCCAAAGGCACCUUGGGCCUUGCUUGGGUAGGUGCAACUGAUAUUGGUGGUAUAUGCUCCAAGAGGGUCCUGCUAGAAGAUUCGCAGUUAGGAGAGUUGAACUUCAACACUGCUGUUGUGACUUUUCGGAACGAUGCCAGAAUACCCCGCAAAGCCACUUUGAUUACUGUUGCACACGAGCUUGGGCACAGUUUUGGCUCCGAGCAUGAUCCAAAUACAAAGAGAUGUUCACCAAAUGAAAAUGGCGGCAACUAUAUAAUGUACGAAUUCUCUACCGGUGGAAGAGAGCCCAACAAUUAUCUAUUCUCUAAGUGUAGCAAGUCUCAAAUAUGGCCGAUUAUCUUCAACAAGGGACCGCGUUGUUUUAUUGYUAACAACCAUGGUGUCUACUGCGGCAAUAAAAUCGUCGAGGAAGGAGAAGAAUGUGACUGCGGUACGCCACAAGAAUGUCAUCUGAUAGAUAAGUGCUGUGAGCCCAGAAACCGAUCCCUAGGGAUUCCAGGCUGUAGAUUCAAGAAUGGCUACCAAUGCAGAUACAAUGCCACGUGCCCAUCGGCUUUGUCUAAACCAUCGAACACUACUUGUAAUGAUGGCAGUAAUACUUGUGUGGAUGGUGAAUGUAUUGGGUCGAUAUGUACGAUGUAUGGACUGCAAGAGUGUCAGUGUUCUUCACAUCAUCUUAUGUGUCAUGUCUGCUGCAAUGAUACAAAGGAUGGGUGUAUCUCUGCGAGUACUAUAGUGGGUCGUCAAACGGUCCAGCGGCCAGCAGGAAGCACAUGUAACCAGGAUACUGGAUACUGUGAUCAACAAGGGUACUGUAUUACCGUCAAUACAGACAGUCAGUUACGGGUACUCAAGGACGCGUUUGAUAGAACGACGUCUAAGGCUUCUGUCAAUAACGCUCUUCUCUGGCUUGGAGAGAACUGGUACUACAUAGUGGCACUGACUUUUGGCGCGUGUGUCGUGGCGAUCUGGCUGAAGUUCAAUAAUCCCCUGGAGAGAAUAUUGAGACGAUUCGCCAUACAUCCUUACCAUCAUAAUAUAUCAAACCCUACCCAUGCCACUGUCAAUCAAUGCCUUCCACAGGAAGAGUACGAGAGUGACCAGAUUGCUUCUACAGCUGUUUAA